CUCCAUAUAAAGUGUUACCUCAUUGCUUCUAUUCUUUCAAUUGUCGGUGAAGCCGGCGCGGAGGAUUAGAGAAUAAGAGGGAACUAAUUUGUACCAGUAAACUGCGACUUUCGAAUACUUAAAAUAUCCCCUAAACAAAAUAUCUGUUCUCCCUCGUGGAUAUAAAGAGCAUAAAGAUGCCUGCGGCAACGAUUGGCAAUAGUGCUGUUCAGUCCACCAGUCCAGAUGUGGGUGCGGGGCCUGGCUCCAUGACCAUUCAAUCAUCCGGGGCCCAAACGGAGGCCAUGAAGCAGGUGCUUGGUGUCAUUGAAAAGAAGGUCCGCAACAUGGAAAAGAAAAAGAGCAAACUUGAUGACUACCAGGCAAAGAAGAACAAGGGAGAACGCCUCAACCAGGACCAGCUGGAAGCUUUGUCCAAGUUCCAGGAAGUGCUGAAUAACUUGGAGUUUGCUCGGGAGUUGCAGAAGAGCCUUUUGGCGUUAGGUGUAGAUAUCCAGAAAGCAGUCAAGAAGGCUGCACGAAGAGAGCAGCUGCAGCGGGAAGAAGCUGAGCAGAAGCGCCUAAAGUCACUGCUGGAGGUGCAGUUUGUCCUGGACAGGUUGACGGAGGAGUCUGUGCGGCAGGACAUAAAAGAGAAUGCUGGCGGUUCCCCCCUGCUCACAGACACAGAGCUUACCAACCUCGACAACUUUUGCAAGCUAGUGGGACCAGAGCGUAACCAGAACAUCAGGCUGACUGACCAGUAUGAGGAGGCAUCUGUACACUUGUGGGAGCUGCUGGAGGGGCGGGACAAGGAGGUGGUGGGAACCACAUACAAGGCACUGAAGGAGAACUUGGACAAGGUGUUGUCAAGUGGGUAUUUCGACAGAGCCCCCUCUCACCACAAUGGAGUGUGUGAGGAGGUAGAACAGGAAGCACCAGCACUGGGAGUCAAGGCCGAAACAGAGGAGCAGUCACCAGAAGCAGAAGCAGAGUUCACAGAAGAGUAUGCAGAGCCUGUUGAAGUGAAAAGCACAGAGUUUGUAAACCAGCAGUUCAUUUCAGAAGCUGCUUACAGUGGCAGUGCCAAAGAACACGGGGACGAGUGGAAUACGGAGUCAGAGGCAGCGAAUGCCGUCCCACAGCAGCUGCCCACACAGGCGACCCUCCCCACUACAGUCUCCGAACCCCACGUGCUGACUCAGGCUGCGCCCUCAUUGCCUGUGGACCCUAUAGUCAGGAAGCAGGCUGUGCAGGACCUCAUGGCACAGAUGCAGGGGCCAUACAACUUCAUGCAGGACUCCAUGCUGGAGUUUGAUGGCCAGGCAUUAGACCCUGCAAUUGUGUCCGCCCAGCCCAUGAAGCCUGUUCAGAACAUGGAUCUCCCACAUUUGGUUUGCCCCCCAGUUCAUACAGAAUCCCGACUCACACAAGCCAACACAGUUCCUGUACAGCCUGAAACCACACAGGUCCCAAUGUUCUCCACAUCUGAAGCCUAUUCUACAGCACAACCCUUGUACCAGGCACCCCCUGCAACAGAACCCCGACCACAGGCAGACCCUAUCAACCCCAUUCAGGUGUUCCAGCCUGUGUCAAAACCACGACAUGGCGGCGGCAUCAACGUCAAUGCUGCCCCGUUCCAGUCCAUGCAGACAGUGUUCAACAUGAAUGCACCUGUCCCCCCGGGAAAUGAGGGUGAACCCUUGAAGCAGCCCAGCCAGUUUCAGAGUUCCUACAACCAGGGCUUCGGCAGCCAGACGCCGCGCACAGCAGAUCAGUCUGAACUGCAGCAGGAGCAGCUGCAGUCCGUUGUUGGUGCCUUCCACACUCAAGACCCGACCGUUCCCACCGCAGGUCAUCAGCCCAUAUCCCAGCAGCCUUCGCAGCAGGGUGUGGGAUUCAGCCGGCCGGCCCAGUCCUUCUACACCACUCGGGCUGUGUCCCGUGGCGGACCCAGGAGCUCCAGAGGAUCAUUGAAUGGAUACAGGGGGCCCUCCAGUGGCUUCAGAGGGGGAUACGAUGGGUAUCGGCCUCCAUUCCCCAACACUCCCAACAGUGGUUAUGGACAAGGCCAGUUCAACACACCUCGUGACUACUCCAACAGCAGCUAUCAGCGGGAAGGCUACCAACAGAGCUACAAGCGUGGGACUGGCCAGGGAGCUAGAGGCUCCUCGCGUGGCAAUGCUCAAGUGAUGCGUUCCUGAAGAGCUUGUGGACUUGUUCAUGUGGCCCACCUUGACCAUUCAGAAUGGAGAAUGCAUUUAUACUCACCCCACAUGUCCUUUUUCUAAUUCCUCCCCCAUCAGUGGUAUACUUUCCAGUCAUGAGCAGAAUAAGCCUACUUUGUUUAGAAGAACUUGAGAUGUUUUGUCAAAACAUGUGAAGCUGGAAUCUUCAGCACUGGGACUUUAAGCAAGGCUGUUUGAAAUGGAUUCCUGUAAACGUGAAAGAUUUUCAUUAAUUUAUUUUUUGUAUAAAAUAAAACAAAAUCCCUGCCUGCCACUGGUGGUUCUUUUUCCUUGGAGAAUUCCCUUUUGACUCACUUUGACCCUGUUCAUUUGGGUUCUAAAAGCAUUUAUUUUUUUUCCAUUUGUUACAUUUUAACUGCCAGUUCCUCAACUUUGUAAAGUGAUGUUGCUUCAGUUCCAAUAAAGAUGUUGCAUUACCUUGUCA